GCAACCCUCUACGGCGCUUGCGCUUUUUUGUUUGGCUUGCGCUUCAUAUUUGAACGUUGUUUUUGACUUUACAGUCACAAUGUAUUUUUAGUAAGUGUUUAGUAAAUGUGUUAAGUUUUUAGUUCAUUUUGUAAGUAACAAUGGCGCUUAUGAUUUCUGGCAAUGCCAAACCAGACACAAACGUUAGGCAACGCAAUCGAUUUCUUGACGAUCCUGAACGCGUUAAAAAAGAUCUUGAGCAUGAGCGUCGCAUAACCCGUUUACAGCAGGUGCGCGAGAAAUCGAACAGCAUGGCUCGACAAAUACGUCAAGAGGUGGCAGCCGAAAAGACACGACAAGUACAAAAAUUGGAGAGCAUCAAGCAGAAGGAGUUGGAUGUGUGGCGUGAGCAUGUUAUGGCCAAAAAACACCAGGACUACCGUACGUCUGUAUUUCAAGUGGGCGCCGCCCAUCGAGCAGCAUUAGUUGAAGUUGAAAAAACUGAACAGCAAAAGCAGCAACGGAUUGAAAAGAUGAAAAAGUGUCGUCGCCUCGCCGCGAAUCGUGCGUCCAAGCAUACGCCAGCGAAUGUGGUGCGUGCAACGGGAGGAAGGGACCUCAAUGUGGAAGGACGCGCCACAGCAGGCACUCAAACACCACUGCAAGGAGAAACUGAUGGCAAGGAGAACAGAUUGAACAACAACAGAAAGGGCAAAUCAUCGCAUUGUCCUGGCACAAGCAAGAGCAAACACACACGCGGUCAUGGCAAUGCCAAUUCUCAGCACGAGAUAUGCGAUGAGUUUGUAGCCCUCUCGGACAGCAGCUGCGAUGAUGAUGAUAUAGAGCAGCGCCCAGUAAGUGGCCCCAAUAGCAGGAAACUGCAAAAGACCCCGCCAAUUAUUAUGGAUGUCGAUAUCGAAAGUGAGGACUCUUUGGAGAUUUGUACAAGGGACGGCAUAGAGAUCAACGAUCGACACAUACAGACCAAUCGCAAAUUUAGUCGUGUAGUGCAUCCCAGUCCCCCAAGCAGUCCAGUUCGUCAGCAAGGAGCAGUUGCUGUUGAUGCAGUCGCCUCUCGUCCACGUUUUACGCAAAUCUCUGAACUGGUGCGACGCAGCACACAGGUAAUAGAGAAUGCGCCAGAACGCAGGCAACACCAAAAAGAGGAACAGCCAAUAAACCCACCAAGCAGCCCAACGCGGUCAACUAAAUCGAUACCGCAAGCGCAAGCUGUCUCGCCCAAAAGGUCCCCCAACAAAGAAACUGCUCGGGCUUCACCCAAACGGGCAGAGACCCAAAAGCGUUCCUCGCUGAGAAACGUUGGAAAACAGGUCGCUCCAGCCAAAGUUAUUGAUGCGGGCAUCAAACGCAGCACGAACUUACCACAACCGGUGGCGACUGUGGAAGCACAACCCACUGGAGUACCGCCCAUGGAACAAGUGCGAAUGCAACAACAGAUGCCUUUGCAAGAUCAGCACAUGCAACUGCCUCCGGUGACCCAGCAGCAGACGCAUUUGCAGCAAAUGCCCAUGCAGCCACUUCCUCCUAAUGCCCCACAAGCAAUGCAGCCACACGCUUUGUAUGCAGCACCUAUAAUGCCAGGUUAUCCUGCGCCCAUGUUGCCUUAUUCCAUUCAAACCUAUCCUAUGCAACCCAUGCAGCAGUAUCCACAACAACAAUCUACCUAUGCAGCACCGCAACAGCCCAUUCAAGCUGCAAGUUCCAGCACAGGUGUUGUCGCUCCACCUUCCACCAGAGCCACCCAUUCUAGUGUCUCCACCACCACCACCUACGUGGUGCGUCAGAAACAGGGAUCAGGAGCCGAAACUAAUACAACUGGACGUGUGCAGUUCUAUGAUCACAAUAACAAGUAUUAUCGCAACUACAAGGCGCCUGCCCAAGCUGUGCAGGUGCAUCUACCGGACGCCACACACCUCAAUGCCAUGGAUCAUGCGCGCCUUGAGACGCAGCUCAACCAGCUGCGGGAGCAGGAGCUGGACAAAUUGCGCAAAGUUACCGAGCAACGCGGACAAAAGGCGCUUCAGCGCGAGCAAGUACGUCGGGAUUGCGCCGAGCUAACGGAGAAGUUGGAAGCGCUGACACAACAACAGCCACAGUUGCUGCCAAGUGAUUCUAACUUUGUACCCAGCCAUCGAUUUGCCGACUUAGCAUCACGUCGUGAGCAGAAGUUGAAUGAGGCCAUGGAACAGAUGCUGUUGCGUCCUGCAAUUGUCACCUGCCCAGAGGUAGGCAGAUCCAGGCUCAACUCGCCCAAAAAGUCAUGUGGACACAGCAAAUCAAGUGCUGCACAUGCCAUCAAUGUGGGUGAUCCACCAGAAGCGAAGGCAGAUGACGCUGUGAGCAGUGCGAGCUGUUGCUCCUUGCUGCUGGAUUAUGUGGAUGAUCAGAGCAAACAGUUACGCACGGAGCUAAAGGGCAUGCACUCCAAGUCGGCCAAGUCAAUUAAAUUGAAGAGUUUACUGCAACGCAUUGAUAAAAUACGUGCCCAAUUGUUGGCGGAACUGAAAGCGGGGGAUAUGACUGGGGACAAUGCACAAAAAGUAAUUGAUUCCAUUCGCAAGGAACGGGCAAAUAUCAACUCGGAUAUGGCUCGCAAUCUGGACGAACGCGAGAUGGAACUGCAGAAGAAGGAGGAGAUUCUGGAACAACGAUUGCGUCAAUUGUAUAAGCAGCAGCAAAAACUUGAGGGUCAAAAGGAACGCAAGAAGCAGGGUGACAAUAAUAACGAGAUUAUUAUCAAGGUGAAAAGUGACGGCACCGUCAAGCAAUACAUACCCAAAGCCAAAUCGCAAAGUAAUCCACAUCCAAAGGCAUCCGAUGAAGCAACCACCUCUUCAUCAGCAGGGGGAAAUGCAGCUUCAGCUGAAAGGCAGCAGGUAGUCGUGGAAUUGACUCAACAUCAAAACGUGCUGAAUCAUCGACAGAAUUCAAUGGAUUCCAAUUCCACAGCGUAUCGAGACUUGCCACCUGUGAACUAUGAGAACAUUAAAGCCACAACUGCCUCAAAUACGAUACAAGCCCAACCGGAACCACUUCAUCCGAUCGUCGCUCACUAUGUGCAGCGUUUAUUGGCCAUGUCUCAGACAACUAUUGAGCAACUGGGCGUUAGCAGCUCGGAAGUGCCCACACCAACCGAUUCGAUCAUCAAUCAACCACACAAUAGAAGCUCUGCCGCCGCAAUAGAUGAGAACCUGAUUGACAAUCAACGUGUGGAGCGCGUGCAGGCCUUCAUCCAGGACAAUCAUAGUUUUAUUAAUGAGCUCGAGAGUACAUUAAUUGUUCAGCAGAAGGAGCAUGAGCAACAACAAAAGGAGCAGCAAAUGUUGGAUAAGGAAAGCAGUGAUCGCGCCUUCGAUCAGAUCUGGAUGAAUCGUUUCGCCAAUAAUAAGAAGCAACAGCAGGAGCAGCAACAGCAACAAAAACAUUCCCAGCCACAGCAGCAACCACAAGCUCAACAGCAGCAAUCACAACAGCAAACUCGACAGCCAAUACAACAGCAACAAUCCCAGCGAGAACCGGAACGAUCCUCAAUCAGUCAUAGGGGCAGUCCGGGACAGACCAGACGCUCAGUUACCAUUGCUCCGGAAACUGAAAGUACAAGAAACACAGCACGAUCGCUGGGGAAUCAAAAACCCAAUCAGGUGGCUAUUAGUGAAGCUACCACCACCACCACCACCUCAAGAGUGAUGGAGACUCAGGUGAUCAGCAGCAACCAAAUAAAUAAAUCUGAAAAUACCAGUGAAAAAUCGUCAACACGUCAUAUGGAACGAUAUGAGAUGCUCACAGAAAAAUGCAUACAGCGAAUUUCGGAUCUAACUGAGCUCAUUAAUAAGGUGCGUGGGGAGAAGCAGCGACUGGUGGAGGUUACACUGACCUCGGCUAGCGAGGGAGAUCGUCAUUCCACAGAGUAUUUUGAUUUGCCGCCAAUGCAGGGACUGCAGCAACAGCGGGAGGAGCGCGGUGUCCGUACGUUGUCUGAGGGCAGCGACGCAACGCAAUCAAACUCGGAGGCUUUGCCGCUGCAGAAGCACAAGCCAACGGGAGCUAGUCUGGAUAGUGGCAUCUCUGUGUCGCGUCCAAUGACAGCAAUGGGACUGGAGCUACCAGAUGCUGAACCCACUUCGUUGGGUUCAUCCAACCAGGGUGGUACACAUCGUCGUGGCAAGGUACCUCCGGCCACAAUACGUCGAUAUAGUCCACAGCUGGCGGCCGAGGAGCUGGCCCACGAGCUGUCCACCAUUACCGAGGUGGACACGCCGGCACAAUCGCAUAUUGUGCCUGUAACAACAAUAUCGGCUCCAAUACCAUUUCCCACAUUCGAGCAAUAUGCACGGGAACUGCAGCUUGAUGUCUCCCAAAUGAAUGCUGAUCAAAGUGUACGGAUGCAGCACGAAUUCCAUGAGCUUAUCCAGUGUAUUAAGCAAGACAUUCCACGUUUGGAUUAUCGUCAAUUUCCCAGCAUCACUGCUUACCUAUAUGAGAGUACGGCAACCUUAACCCGUGUCCCUAUGGACAGGCCUCAAGCGGAACAACCGUCGAUGACAGCAGGCGAGCUAAUGGAACAGAUGCGUCUCAACAAUGUCAGCAUCCGUGAAUUUCCAACUCGACGGGAUUAUUUACAGCAGCUACUGGAACGGGAGCCGCCCGAUCAACGUGACCUAAUUGACAGCGCCAGCUUGGAAAGCAGCGAUUCAUUCAAUGUAGAGGCGGAGCUACGACAACGACGCUUGUUGAAAUCCUCUUUCCGGCGUGGUCCUCCUGUCGACCUCUUGGAGAUAGAUGUAGCCAGCAGCACGCGACGUGAGAGCAUUCCACAGAAUGCUAGCACAAAUAUACCAAAUGAGAGUCAUAUAGAACCCUUGUCGCGUUCCCAUGUCGAGCAACCUCAAGGCAUGCAACGCCCCAUCAGCAUGCGCCAGAGACAGCGACAGGCGAAGCAGCCCGGCAGCCAUAUUAGCAGCUCUUCAUCGGAGCCAGAACGGCAGUCAAGAAGUCCUGGCGGUGCUUCCAUUGAAGCACCACAGGAGGUCAGCCAAAUUGGGCGGUCGCUCAAUUUGCGCGAGUUCCUUACCAAGGAGCUGCUCAAGCAUCGUAACCAACGCGUGGAGAGCGGCUCGGAGGGCACAGAUGAUUCCUUGAAAGGUCACUUCCUGCGAUCGGUAAUCGAUUCUCUUUCCCGAUCGGAAUCACCGCACACUCCAGGCCUUGGACAUGGCACAAAUGCGACCAACGACAGGCAGAAGACCUCCACACCUGUUGGUUCACUACUAACCGGUCAGGAUAAGAGUGGUUCAUUGCACAGCUCAGACUCACAACUAUUCUCAAUGGACAGUCGCAUCUCAGCGGUCCACUAUCCCGAUGGCACACCACCGAUUCCAUAUGAACGGCAAAAUUUGUCCACCGACAGAGGAUCCACGGGUCGCAAUUCGAAAUUAAAUCGCAUGCCAACGAAUUCAUCCCGAAAAUAAUGAUUAAUUUUUCGAAAUUCCCUAGAUAAUUAUUUCAACUAUUAUUACUUAUACAGGCAUUUAUUAAGCAGCGUGACAAAUGCAAUAUCAAUUUCAAUUAUUUAUGUAUAUUUUUAAAAAUAAAGUUUUA